AUGUCUCGCAACUCGUGCAUCCAAGGCCGCCCCUUGAUUGUUCGCCCGCCCGCCACACAGGCCCGCGGCGAUAGCGAGACAGAAUCCGUACCUGUCUCCGAGACCUACCUCUCCUUCGCGCCGCCAAAUUGCUACGGCCAGCCUCAGAACUCCCUCUGUCCAGGCCCCGUCGACGUGGACGACAAUCUCUUGGCAAUGUUCCGCAAUGAGUUGAUGUCACAGUAUCCCUUUGUCGUCGUCCCGGACCACGAGCACUCUGAUGCCUUCAAGAGAGACAGGCCAUUUCUGAUGUCGGCCAUUCGCAUGGUUGCCAGCUUCAGGAGCAUGGAAUCAAUGCGGGGGCAAAUGUCCCAGCUCAUGACCUACCUUUCCGACCACAUGCUUCUCCGGGCCGAGCGGUCGCUAGACUUGCUCAUGGGCAUCGUUGUCAUUCUCGGGUGGUACCACUACCACUGUUUGAGGCACAGUCAGCUGAACAAUCUCCUGAGCCUGGCCGAGUCGCUAGUUGCCGACCUCGACUUGAUGAGGGGACACGUCAACCAAGACCAAGUGGUCGAGGACGACCACCUUCUGGAAGGGAAAAGGGCCGCGCUGGGCGUGUGGUAUUUGCGGUCAUCGUACGUCUGCGCCCGCCCCAUCACUCCCCUCGUCUUAAUUGUACCCCGGUUAACCCUCGGCAAUCGCAGCGCGGCCAUCUACUACCAACAACUCAAUCCGAUGCCCUUCACAGCGCAGCUCAAGCAGCAUCUGUCUCUCCUCGAGGAAGCCGGCGACCAUGACCUAGACCAGCUGCUAGCACACUUGAUCAAGAUUCAGCUGCUUACUCAGCAAAUUGUUGAUCUCAACAAUGCCCGCUUGGAUGACGGUGGCGACAAUGGUUACUACAUCAACGUUCUAGGCAACGAAGAAGGAAGGAGGGCUUCGACAAAGGCCAUGUUGUCGGCAUCGCAGGAUUCUCUGAACAGGAUUAUUCAAGAUCUGCCUCAAAGUUUCAGAGGCAACGCAUUGAUUACGACGCAUCUCAACACGGCCGUUCUAUGUGUUCACCAGAGUCUUGAUGCCGCAUCCUCAGGAUCGAGCUACACCAAGGCUUGGUUCGAGGGGUGGCUCUCUUCCAUCCCCGCCUCGGAUUACUACACGCUGCCCACACCCAUCAUCUUCCAGCUCAUAUACGCGGUGAGAACAUUAACCAAGAGUGGCAGGGAAAGUGUCCUGCGAACUACGGAACCGGGCGUUAGCGACCCCGGGUCUCGCCCGUCAUCACAGGCUCGCGGACAUCAACUGGUCAGAUCCUCAGCGGCGAUCGCCCCGGGAUCGGCCCCCAGCCCCCAGCCAGAACAAUACGACGCGGCCUGGGAAGUUUCGGAACCUGCCGAGUCGGGCGCUGACUGGGUGGCCGCAUUGGGCUUGACAGGACUCGGCAUGGUUGAGGUUCUUGUGGCCAUGGGCGAGCGGUGCGGCGAGGCCAGCGGCCUAUUGAACACCAACGCUUCCGAGGUCGGUGCGUGGGACAACAAUUUCUGGGACGUUUGCGGGAAAAACAUAGGCAUUCCCAGUGGACCAUUCACUCAAUGGACGGACCGAUUUGAGGGCGUUAUCACCACUACAUGCAGCUCAGCAUCGGGUAGCCCGGCGCCGCCUUCGCUCUGUGGCAGCGACGACGCAGCUCACGAUUUCGACACUGACAGCCGACGCAUGCCACAUGCUACAAACAACAGCACCCCAGCUAGCGAGAUUGCAGCAGUGGCUGCUGUCCCGUCCCAGAUUGAUUACGACUACGAAUACAAGUAUUCCAGUCCCGGGCCCGGGCCCGCCGUCAGCGUGAGCGUGAGCGUGACACCUCCGCUCAGCGAAGGCACAGCAAUAGACCUUCUACAACACCAAAGCCCAGAGGUACAGCCUCUAGGGCCGGCUGCCGCGGACUUGGGCAUACAGGACCACAUGAAUCAUAUACAGCAGGAUCAUCACUACGACCACUGGGCAACAGCGCCUCAUGUUCAGUGGAGCACAGCUAGCAUAUCUAUAUGGCCUGCUUCUCAGCCAGUUCCCGAUGCGGGCAGUGAGCGUAUCGAUACGCAGAUCUGGUUCGACGCUGCCAACGAUUCCAACUCGAACGCCCAGCUACAGAUGGAUAGUAUGCAGAGGGGGUGGAACAGCCAGAUGGCGCUCACCUCGACGCCGGCAGACCAUCAUCAGUUCCCCCUCCCCUACGGAGGACCUGCCUAG